CACCAGUGACAUUUGACUUGACCCCUAGCCUGUCACGCCACCAACAACUCCAGAACGCGCAUGCGCAGAUUUCGGUUGAGAAACAUGAUUGGCAGUCUGCUAUUUUACGCGCUCUACCCGUUAUCACGGUACCUGACCAGUCGAUUCUCGGAGUCCUCGAAGAAGGAUCUCCCUCCUGCAGUGGUUAAUGGCAGGGCAGUGUGGGAUGGUGUUGCUGUCACAACCAGAAGGUUCACCCAGUCUCAGACAACCCUGCUGGACCAGUGGCUCAGCCCAAGCAGUGGGACUAAGGGAGAAACGAAAGAGAGGAUGAAAGAACCAAGCCCAGAAAAGGAAGACGAUAUGAGGUCUGACACAGAUAAAGAACAGCUAAUGGCUGUCCUGCAUGAAGAAACAAAGAAUGACGCUACUUCAAAGAUAAGUGAGGUGCAAGCUGCAGUGAAGGAGAAGGAAGCAGAGACGAGAGAUGGACAGCAACAAGACAAAGUGGAAGAGAACAGGGAAAUAACAAUUCACCAUGAGGUGUUCCAUAUGAAGCAAAACGCAGAGGAUGGAAGUUUUUUUCCAACUGAUGAUAUUAGUCCAGAGCAAGCACUUGGGGCACAGUUACAGCGCCUACAAAUGAAGGACAGCACUCAAGAAACCACCUAUCCAGUGCAGGAACAAAUACAGAUACCAAGCAUGGAAGAGUCAAUGACUCUGGCUAAAACUACAGCUGAAGUCACUGAGUGCUGGGAUGAAUAUGUAGCUCCCACUGCUGGUGAAAUGCAUGGUGGGGAUUGCAGUUCUAAGCUGAUAUUUGCCUCCUUUCUCUCUAACACUCAUACCCACCUUAAACUCAGCAGGCAACAUGAUACCCAAACUGGCUGGCACUUUCCUGCAGGACCUGGCCUGGCAGAUGAAGUGCUGUGUCCACUGUGGCAAUUUCCUGAAGUGAGUUAUUACCCUCCACUAGAGCCAACAGUGCCAUUUGAAGUAAUGUGGAGAGUAUGGGAGGAGAUGGAUGAGAGUGCUUCGGCAGCAGAGUCUGCCUUGAUACCCUUCCCAUUCACAAAGUCCUCAAUGGACUUCACUGUUAUGUCCUACAACAUCCUUGCAAAGGACCUAUUAGAGGCCAACCAGCAGCUGUACACACACUGCCCCCUGGAGGUCCUGGACUGGAGCUACCGCUGCAGCCUACUCCUAGAGGAAAUACUGAAAUGGGCACCAGAUAUUCUGUGUCUCCAAGAGGUUCAGGAGAACCACUACCAUGAGCAACUGUAUCCAGUCCUGUCUCAGAUGGGCUACACCUGUGUGUACAAGAGGCGUACAGGGCCCAAGACAGACGGCUGUGCUACUUGCUAUCGUAGCAGUUGCUUCUCUGAGGUAUCAGUCACCCCGCUGGAGUUCUUCAGGCCUGAGACGGAGCUGCUGGACCGGCACAAUGUGGGCAUUGUUUUGUUGCUUCGGCCAGUGGUCACCCAGGGGUCAGAGGUCAAGGCGAAGGGCCCACCCCUCUGCGUGGCCAACACCCACCUGCUCUUCAACCCCAGGAGAGGUGAUGUAAAGCUGGCUCAGCUAGCUAUAAUGCUGGCAGAAAUUGACAGCGUGGUCAAGUCCUGUAAGGCCAAUGGAGAACACUGUAACCUUAUAUUGUGCGGGGAUUUUAACUCUGUCCCCUACAUGCCUCUGUACCAGCUGAUCACCACCGGUGAGCUCUACUACCAGGGUCUACAGGCAUGGAUGAUAUCAGGUCAAGAGGACCUGUCACACAAAGGCCAUUGUCACAGACUGUUUGCUCCCCUGUGGCCCAGCUGUCUGGGAAUCACUGACAACUGCCAGUACACGACUGUCAAGGAGAUAUUUAAGAGCCAGAGUCGGAAAUCAGGGAAAUGUCAGUUCAGCCAUGACUUCCUGCUGCAGUUGCGCUUCUGUCCAGCUGCAUGUGUCCGUCCUCUGGACUUAGAGCUGAUCCCAGGCGUAACUGACAACAUACCAGAUGCUUCAAGGGGAAAUCAGCCUUAUGAUAAAAGGUUCAGACACGCUAUCAGUCAUCAGUUAGACCUGGAGUCGGUCUACCAACACGUUCUUCCAGGCUCUGGCAAUCCAGAGGUCACGACCCUGCACUCUGAAGUGGGAGCUACUGUCGACUACAUCUUCUACACUCCAAGACGCUUCUUGACCGCUGAUCAAAAAGCUCGUGGUGACUUUGCAAGCGAGGGUCUGAAGUUGAUUGGUUCUCUCUCCCUCCUAUCAGAGGAUGUCUUAUGGUCAAUGAGGGGCCUUCCCAAUCACAUUUUCCCCUCUGACCAUCUCAGUCUUCUGGCCAAAUUCCAGGUGGACCUGAAUGCUACAUGAUGGAAAAAACUCAGAGAUGUCAGAAGAUAAGCAUAUUUCCAUUCAAAUUAUUCAUGUCUUGCUCUGUACACAUUUGGUUUUUGUAUUUGUAGUAUGAAUACCAUUACCUGGGGUUCACUCCUGGAAUCAAAGAAUCAUAGUUUGCAAUUGAAUAGAAGUUAAUAUUUUUGUUCAAAACAGCCAGGAAAAAUAAUAUUCAGACUUGAUGCAGAGCUAUGACUGAGAUAUGACAAAUCUCAUUUAAUGGUGCUGUAAUAGUUCAUUUAAACAAUUAAGGCAAUGAUUGCUUUAAUUCUUAUUGGUGUGAUAAUACACUGACCUGUUAAUUUUGCUGUUGACAGCUGCUGUCAUUUUAAUUUAUUUUAAACCUAAUUUUCAAAUGAGAAUUAGAUUUCUCUGAUUAUUCAGUUCUAUUUUUUCAGAUGGCAAAAAUAUUGAAUAAAUAUUUUCCGUAA